AUGGCGAGCGGAACCGAAUUGCACGAUGCAAUGAAGCCAAUCCCUUCUACAUCGGAGGACGAGAAUCAGGACCAGAUCGGGUCAAAUGGGUCAACCCCUACGCCGACUGGGAUCGCUACACCGGAACCCGAUCCUGCGGACAAGCGUCUGCCUUCCAUAAUGCACAACUACUUCCAGGUUGGUUCUAUCUCUGGUGAUAAAGCGAGUUUGCCGCGGUUUUGGUCAUGCCUGUCGAAAUCCUCUGAGGACCCUCAAUCAAAUGCGCUCCCACCCUCCGAUCCCUCCGAGUCCUUUGUCAUGAUGGAGCAGGAAAAUGGGUCUGAUAAGAUGACGGAAACUAUUCCUGCUGGCCUGCCCACUCCUCCUCAUUCGCUGUUGCAACACGACUCAGAUGAGAUGGAACUCGGGACGAGUCCAGGCACCUCAUCUAUCUUUAAUACCCUGAGGAGUUACCUCAUUCCACCCGCAACCCCCGAUGAUUCUUCCCGCCGUCAAACUUCCCUUCCAGUCUCCAGCGUUUCUGACGACCCCGUCCUUGCCACACACUUUUCCAAUCCUUCUCUCCCCUCAGAUGCCUUUUCCCUGACCGAAUCUCCCCUCCUCGACCAUGAGAAACCGCGUGUUUCAGUAUCUUCCGAGAAUCUGGCCAAGCUAACUGGAAACGCGCCCGACGGGUCGCGUCUUAAGAACACCCCGCCCCUUACCCCCAGGGCCAUGUCCAACGAGGUCCAAACCUCCCAGCCAAAGGAUGUCACGCCAGUCACGCCAGCUGAGCCAGCUCCGCAAGAGCCCGAACCAGAAUCCACCGCGGACGACAUGGAAAGCUCCACUGAUGAGAUCACUAUGAAGCUCGACGAGGCAUUCCCCUCCCAGUCUGCAACAUCUACAUCUCCUGCCAACGGUGCACCCACACGUCCAAUCAACGGUAAAUUGUUUGUGAAGAUUACCGACGGUCGUGGAUUGCGGCCGAGUUUCGAUCCCUAUGUGGUGUGUGUUUUUGAAUGGAAUGAGUACAUCUCCAAAGGUGCUCGUGAUGGUGAGGAAGAAACAAAGAGACGCCAGCUUGAGUCGGAUGCCGAAGAGGCUGCUGCUGGCCGACCGAUGGCCAUUCCCAUGAAGAGCCGACAGAGCAGUCACAACAGUGCCGUGGAUGGCGAUCACAAGGGACGGACGCCUGUCACGGACCCCCACUGGGAUCACGAGGCAACUUUUGAUGUUAUGGGAGACCAGUCAGAGCUUGAUGUCACAGUUUACGACCGCAACAACCAAGAAGCUUUCCUGGGUCACGUACGGCUCUGCAUCAAUCUGAAAGAAGACCACAGCAGGUUAGAAGGGUGGUUCCCCUUGGUCGCCCGUGGCGCCGGAGACAACCAAGUGUCGGGAGAAAUCCACCUCGAGAUGAACUUUGAGAAGACGGAUCGGAAGCAGGUUGGGCCGAACGAUUUCCUUAUCCUCAAGCUGAUCGGAAAGGGAACUUUCGGUCAGGUUUAUCAGGUCAAGAAGAAGGACACUCAGCGUAUCUAUGCUAUGAAGGUUCUGUCAAAGAAGGUUAUCAUUCAGAAGAAGGAAGUGGCACAUACACUUGGAGAGCGCAACAUUCUUGUGCGUACCGCUAUGACAGCAUCUCCAUUCAUCGUGGGCCUCAAGUUCUCCUUCCAGACCCCGACAGAUCUGUAUCUUGUCACGGAUUACAUGUCCGGCGGUGAACUGUUUUGGCACUUGCAACGUGAGGGCCGAUUCCAGGAGGCCCGGGCGAAGUUCUACAUUGCUGAGUUGAUUCUGGCUCUGCAACAUCUUCACGACCAUGACAUUGUGUACCGUGAUCUCAAGCCGGAGAACAUUUUGCUGGAUGCCAACGGUCACGUCGCUCUCUGUGAUUUCGGUUUGUCCAAGGCCAAUCUGACACAAAACGACACUACCAACACCUUCUGUGGUACUACUGAAUACCUAGCCCCUGAGGUGCUACUUGAUGAGCAAGGAUACACAAAGAUGGUCGACUUCUGGUCUCUGGGAGUGUUGGUCUUUGAGAUGUGCUGUGGAUGGAGUCCAUUCUACGCCGAGGACACCCAACAGAUGUACAAGAACAUUGCCUUUGGCAAGGUGCGAUUCCCCAGAGAUGCCCUUAGCACCGAAGGCCGGAACUUUGUCAAGGGUCUGCUGAACCGGAACCCCAAGCACCGCUUGGGCGCCAAUGGUGAUGCUAAGGAGCUGAUGGCUCACCCAUUCUUCCACGACAUCAACUGGGAGGCACUGUGCCGCAAACAGGUGAUCCCUCCAUUCAAGCCCCAACUGCAGUCCGACACCGACACCUCCAACUUUGACCCGGAGUUCACAAACGCGCUGGAGAACAACAACUCGCUGAACCUCCGCGCAGCUGCCUUGGCCAACGGCCUGAUGCCCGGCUCCACACCUCUGUCCCCCGGAAUGCAAGCCAACUUCAAGGGAUUCACCUUCGUCAACGAAAGCUCCAUCGACCACCACUUGAAGGACGAUGUGAGCGAUCACAUGGAAGAAGAUGCGAUGCAUGACGGCGGGUACCAGCGAUCGCACCGGUCCGGCAACUCGGUCGACCAGCGCAUGGCAGGCGUUCAGAAGACGCACGAUGGCACGGAACCCGGAAUCUUCAACGUUGACGAUACCUUUGACAUGUGA